GGAAACGACCAAAUAAACAUUUCAUUCGAUAAAAAGUUGUACUCGAGACAAGAAGCAUGCGUGAAGUCAUUUCGAUUCACUUAGGACAAGCCGGUGUGCAAAUAGGAAAUGCGUGUUGGGAGUUGUACUGCCUGGAGCACGGCAUUCAACCUGAUGGGCAGAUGCCUUCCGAUAAAACCGUGGGUGGAGGUGACGAUAGCUUUAAUACCUUCUUUAAUGAAACGGGAGCUGGAAAACAUGUCCCCAGAGCGGUGAUGUGCGAUUUGGAACCGACGGUAGUUGACGAGGUACGCACUGGAACCUACAGGCAGCUAUUUCACCCCGAGCAACUGAUCACGGGAAAGGAAGAUGCUGCGAAUAACUACGCCCGUGGGCACUAUACCGUCGGAAAAGAAAUCAUCGACUUGGUUCUGGAUCGAGUGCGUAAAUUGGCCGAUCAGUGCACGGGAAUGCAAGGUUUUCUCAUCUUCCACUCGUUUGGAGGCGGAACAGGGUCAGGAUUCACUUCGCUGCUCAUGGAACGAUUGUCGGUCGACUAUGGGAAGAAAUCCAAGCUGGAGUUCGCCGUGUAUCCCGCACCCCAAAUAUCGACAGCGGUAGUCGAACCUUACAACUCAAUUUUAACAACCCACACGACUCUGGAACAUUCGGACUGUGCAUUUAUGGUGGACAAUGAAGCGAUCUACGACGUCUGUCGCAGAAACUUGGACAUCGAGCGACCCACAUACACCAAUUUGAAUCGGUUACUGGGACAAAUCGUGAGUUCGAUCACUGCUUCGCUUCGCUUUGACGGUGCUUUAAACGUCGAUUUGACCGAAUUUCAAACAAACCUGGUCCCGUACGCUCGCAUUCAUUUCCCUUUGGCCACUUACGCACCUGUUAUCUCCGCCGAGAAAGCUUACCACGAACAACUUACGGUAGCCGAUCUUACGAACGCAUGUUUUGAACCCGCGAAUCAAAUGGUCAAAUGUGAUCCGCGCCACGGAAAGUAUAUGGCUUGCUGUCUGCUAUUUAGAGGUGAUGUCGUUCCCAAAGAUGUUAACGCCGCAAUCGGUACUAUCAAGACGAAGAGGACUAUUCAAUUUGUAGAUUGGUGUCCUACCGGAUUUAAGGUGGGAAUCAACUAUCAACCGCCGACAGUGGUACCCGGAGGGGAUUUGGCAAAAGUGCAGCGUGCUGUGUGUAUGCUGUCAAACACGACAGCGAUCGCAGAAGCUUGGGCGCGUUUGGAUCACAAGUUCGAUCUCAUGUACGCCAAACGAGCCUUUGUCCAUUGGUACGUUGGAGAGGGAAUGGAAGAAGGCGAAUUUUCUGAGGCACGAGAGGACACUGCUGCAUUGGAAAAAGACUAUGAAGAAGUUGGCAUGGAUUCCGGUGUGGGAGAAGAAGGAGAAGAUUAUUAAAGUUGCUAAUCGGUUGAAUAAUUUAAGUUUGUUUCUAAGCGUGCAUUCGCAAUAGAUGUGUUUAGUUCCUGCAUUAAGUUAAAUAAAUAAUGAUUAUCACAAA